CGUACACACUGCAGAUCUCACUUAGCGACGAGAGAACCGAGCGAGCGGGACUGUGUGUGAGGGUCGUCCGUAAUAAACACGCCUUCAAUAUCAUCACAACGAGUUAAAAAUGUUCAAAAACACAUUCCAAAGUGGAUUUCUUUCGAUAUUAUACAGCAUAGGAAGCAAGCCCCUUCAGCUAUGGGCGAAGAAGGUCCAUAAUGGGCACAUCAAGCGUAUCACAGACAAUGAUAUCCAGUCACUAGUAAUUGAAAUCGUAGGAACAAAUGUCAGCACAACGUUUAUCACAAGUCCAGAGGAUGCCAGGAAAGGGCUGGGGAUUAAGUUGCCUUUCUUGGUCAUGAUCAUCAAAAACCUUAAGAAAUACUUCACAUUUGAGGUCCAAGUCCUCGACGACAAGAAAGUCAAGCGGCGGUUCCGGGCCAGCAACUACCAAAGCACAACGAGGGUAAAGCCGUUUAUCUGCACAAUGCCAAUGAGAUUGGACGAUGGAUGGAAUCAGAUUCAGUUCAACUUGUCAGACUUCACGAGACGUGCCUACGGUACAAACUACAUUGAAACAAUUAGAGUUCAGAUUCAUGCCAACUGCAGGAUCCGCCGAGUGUACUUCUCAGACAGACUGUACUCAGAGGAUGAACUCCCACAGGAAUUCAAGCUCUACUUGCCGGUCAGCAAGUCACUAGGCAAAUAGCUUCCCCCCAUGAAAGACUAGCUUGGUCUUUCCCUUAACUAGCUAAUCAUCUGACAAGCCCCAGCCUUUCAAGCCAAGUCACAACUGGGGCUUUUCAGACGAUGCAAUAAACUUCACAGGCUGGAAUCGUUUAGAAACUCAAGGGAAGUUUUUUUAAUUUAUUAAGAGUUGAAACACCCAACUACACAUCUGAGAAUGUUAUCAAUUUUGGGGCCUUUUUAAAAAUGUUUUUGUCCAGUUGAGCGGCAGUAUUUUUUUCCCCGGACCGUCUUAAACUUGUAACCGAACAAAAAUGGAGCUUUCCUAUUGUUUGAAAUGUGCAGGUGGGCAUUCCUUCGUGGUGGCAAUGACAGGAGUGGCCUGGCUUUGGGACAUAUUUUUGGGGUGUUGAGAACUGAUGCUGCUGCAGUUACUUGUCUUAUUUUUUUUGGGGGGGGGGUUAAAUUACCUGCACGCUACAGUUAUCCAGUAUAAUCCUCUACAGUCUUGACUGAAUACAUACAAAUGGGUUUUUACAAACAUCUCACAGUGACUGGGCAGGGGUGGGAAUUUUAGGCAAGUUAAUAAUGUUCGGAAUACAAUGUAUUGUCAUUUGUUUUUCCACACAGCCAUGCCAGUUUCUUGUGCUGUGCAAACACAUUUGAAAGUUUUAGUAGCUACUGAUAUUUUAUACAAUUACAUGUCAGGAGUAUUUUCACUGCUCGUUAAUUGAUUAUUGUGUUAUUAGCCCGGACAUCAAACUGGCCAGCAUGUACGUCAAUCCCCUUUUUAGAGUUUGCUGCUGAUGGAAGAGAAAAUACCCUACGCUUUAGAGUCUGAAACAGUGCUUUAGAUAUUAAAUUUGAAGUGCCGUCUUCCCAUCGUCAUUUUUCUGUCACCUUGCGGUGCAACACAAACAGCACAUGACUGCUUUUCCAAGCCAGCAGUGCAUUUCGCCUUCCUGAGGUUUUGCAAAGAAGGCUGCACAUUACUUGAAUCUGCUAAACACAUAAUGGAAUAGAAGCGGAAAUUGCUUACAAAUUAAUUUUUUGACAGCCUACUCAGUCAUGGCUGUGGCAGUUCAUAAUCAAAUUUGUGUCAUGGGGGACUUCUGUAAAGGUGUCAUUGGCCAAACAUUUAAUUACUGCCAUAUUGUAGUCAUUGCCCAGUAAGAAUGUGGAGCAAUGCUAAUUUCUUAUUUUUAAACAAUCUAGUAUUUGCUGGCAAGGUGCUUUGGGCUGGCAAUUUCCAAAGUAUCGAAGCUCUUGUUAUUUCUCCUCGGUAUACUUUUUUGAAACGAUGCAUGGGUUACUGUAAAUAUGUUCUUAGCAUAAGGUACAUGUUGAUUCAGUCGUUGUUGAAUUACAUAUUUCAGUGUUGCAUUUUGAACUUCCCUCAGUCGGGCCAGACACUAUUACAUUAUGCAACAUGUUCUGCAAAAAUAGCCAGGAAUGUGUUGAGUUAAAAAACCACAUUCAAGGUGCAAGUUCUGAAUUAUAAUUGUACAUAUUUCGAAAUGUAUUCAGCUGGCGUCUGACGAUAAUGUAAUAAACUUUAGAUUACCCUAUUUACAAGUA